ACAACAUUGUUCUCAACGAUGUCUACUCUUGGCUAUAUUGGGGCAGGCGUCUGCUUGCUCGGAGUUUUCUCCGCUCUUUGCUCAAUUGGACAUAUUGUUCAAGAUAUUAACAACCUUCGUUCCGAAGUUGAAGGACGCGUUGAUGAGUUCAAAGUUCUUGCCGAUGAUACUUGGGAUCGUCUCCUGAUUCUUCAAUCUCCAACAGGAGAAUCUGCCAAUCCAGUGCCAUCCCUCCUCCGUAACAAGAGAUUUGUGUACCCAGGAAUGUGCAAUUGCGACAGCAACUCUCAAGGAUGCCCAGCAGGAGCACCAGGACCACCAGGAAACCCAGGAAAGCGUGGAGACGAAGGACAUCCAGGAGAUGAAGGAAGACGUGGAGCCAGUGGUAUCUCUCUUGCAACCACUCACGAUAUUCCAGGAGGAUGCAUUAAAUGCCCAGAGGGACCAGCUGGACCACCAGGGCCUGAUGGAGACUCUGGACCAGAAGGAUUCCCAGGACUUCAAGGGCAAUCCGGACCAUCCGGUGAAGAUGGAGCCCCAGGACAGGAGGGAGCCCCAGGAGAUCAAGGAGAACAAGGACCAAAGGGAUACGAUGGGACCGACGGACCAGACGGACAGCCAGGAACCACAUACUUCCCAGGACAAGCUGGACAGCCAGGAGAGCCAGGAUGGUUGGGAGAGCCAGGACUUCCAGGACAACAUGGAGAGCCAGGAAAGGACGGAGAGGAGGGACCACAAGGAGCACCAGGAACUCCAGGAAACGCUGGUCACGACGCCUUCCCAGGAACCCCGGGACAAGCUGGAAAGCCAGGAGCUCCAGGAAAAGAUGCCAACUACUGCCCAUGCCCACAAAGACAAGACGACAGAACCCCACCAUCAUCUGGAACAUCCGCUCCACAGCCACCACCACGUGGAUCCACUGCUGCUCCAGGAACUCGUGCUCCACCAGCAACUCGCGCUCCACCAGCAACUCGUGCUCCACCAGCAACCACCCGCGCUCCACCAGCAACAACUCGUCCAGCACCAGCUUCACAGCCACCAGUCAGAGAGCCAGAGACUCCAGAUUCUGGAUACCCAUCCCCAGCUCCACAAGAGCCAGCUCAUCCAUCACCAAGCUACCCGUCUCCAAGCUAUCCAUCUCCAAGCUAUCCAUCCCCAAGCUACCCAUCUCCGAGCUACCCAUCCCCAAGCUAUCCAGCUGAGCCAGCUUAUUCCGUCCCACCACCAGCCAAGCCAGAGCAGCCAUCAGGAGGAUACGAUGCUCCAUCUCCACCACAAACUGGAAGCUACCAGAGACGUUGGUAGAUGCGUGACACUUCUCAUGACAUUAUUUAUGACUUUGUUAUCCAACUCCACUGAAUAAAUAUUCGUUUUCAAGAA